AGUCUGCAGUCCAAAACCCAUAUAAAAAAACUCCCUUUUCCUUAGUUAUUCACACCAUUCCUCUCAUUCAUACAAUUUGUUAUAGUCUCUCCGCAGAAGAAUCUUCAGCAACAUACAACUGAAUUUUAUCAUCAGCUUCAAUGGUCUCAGAAGGAGAAGUGGGGCCAAGGGUAGUUCUAACAGCACCCUUAUCAUUGGAGGGAGAAUCAGAUGCUUCUGAUUACAAAGCUCCUAAUCUGCUACAGCGCAUUCUAAGCCUCUUGAGUAAUGUACGGCCAGGAUCUGAUCUCACCCGUAUUCAGCUACCUCCAUUAUUCAACCUCCCAAAGUCACAGCUACAAUGCUAUGGGGAAUCAGUAUACUGCAUAAAGAAUGACAUGUUAAGCAAGUGUGGGAAAGGGGAAACUUCACUUGAAAGAAUGAUAGCAGUAGUGGGUUGGAGCAUAUCCACAUUGCGCCCUUUGAUGUUUGGUGUGGCUCCUUUUAAUCCCAUUCUUGGCGAGACUCACCAUGUCUCUACAGCCUCUCUCAAUGUCCUCUUGGAACAGGUUUCCCAUCAUCCACCAGUGACAGCUCUUCAUGCAACUGAUGAGAAAGAGAACAUUGACAUGAUAUGGUGUCAUAAUCCUGUCCCAAAAUUCUGUGGUACAAAAAUAGAAACUGAGGUGCAUGGAAAAAGGGAAUUGAAGCUUCUAAAUAGGCAAGAAACUUAUGUGAUGAACUCACCAAAGCUAGUUAUCAGACUUCUCCCAUUUCCUGGUGUUGAUUGGGUGGGAAAUGUAACAAUUAAGUGUGAAGAAACUGGUCUUCAAGCUGAUUUAUAUUACAAAGGAAGUUCUUUCUUAAGCAACAGUGGAAAUAGAUCUGUUAAAGGCAAUAUUUUUAUGCCUUCAUCUUCAAAGACAAUUUGUGAGAUCAAUGGCCAUUGGGACAGAACUGUUACAGUUAAGGAUAUAACUACUGGAAAAGUCAAUGUGAUUUACAAUGCAAAGGAAGCACUAUCCGGAAUGAAGACUCCUAUGGUGAAAGAUCCAAAGGUUGUUAUGCCAAGUGAAUCAGCAGUGGUAUGGGCAGAACUAAGUCAAGCAAUCCUAAGUAGAAGUUGGGAUAAAGCAAAGCAAGCAAAGACAAUAGUAGAGGAAAGGGAAAGAGAAGUUGCAAAAGAAAGGAAGUCCAAAUCUGAAAUUUGGGUUCCAAAACAUUUUACAAUAUCCUAUAGUAAAGAGUCAGGGUGGGAACCCACACCAAAUGAGAGGUGGGUCCCUCCAGCUCCAAUUAUUGCUCCUACUUGAUCAAUUUGUAACGUGGAAAAAUCUAAUUUAGGUCAUUUUCCUACAUUAAAUUCAUAUGUUUAUUUUGUAGGUGUAGUAAUUAUGUAUAUUAUAAAUUGUCAAUGGCUUUACUUGUCUCCCUCUUAAUUA